UUCUGACGUCACGUUCUGACGCCGCAAUCAGGAAGUGCUAGUCCCACAACAAGGACAGCUGAAGCUGCGUGUUCUCCUGACUUGUCAGAACUGGCAUGACGGGGGCGGCGGUGCUUAGAGCUCUCCGGACCCUGCGCCCCCGGACACUGGCCGCGACCUCAGGCAGGUUACCGGCCCCGGUGGAGUGCGUCCUCCCGCCGGCUUCGUGCGUGUUGUACUCGCCUUGGAGGACCGCUCCUGUCAGGACGCUGCAGCUGUGCUCCGCCUUAUGUGCCGGUCACAACAAGUGGUCAAAGGUGAGGCACAUCAAGGGACCCAAGGAUGAGGCGAGGGGCAAGAUCUUUAUGAAGUUUGCGAUGAUGAUAAAAAUAGCUGUGAAAGAGGGUGGAUCCAACCCAGACCUGAAUAUAAACUUAGCCCACGUACUGGAGCAGUGCAGGAGUAAGAACAUGCCUAAAGCCUCCAUAGAUGCUGCUAUAAAGAGUGCGGAGAAGACUAAACCGGCAUCCCAGCACAUAUUUGGAGCUCGGGGGCCCGGUGGAUGUCUGCUGCUCAUUGAGGUCCUGACUGACAACCACCCACGCAGCCACCAGGAUAUCAAACGCCUGCUUAUCAAGAACAGAGCGGCGCUGUCAGACGGAGCCCAUCACAACUUCAGCAGGAGGGGGGUGGUGGUGGUGCCGGGUCAGAACGUCUUGACGGAGCGAGCUUUGGAGCUGGCCAUCGAGGCGGGAGCUGAAGAUGUCCAAGAGACCAAGGAUGAGGAGGAGCAGCCCGUCCUGCAGUUUAUUUGUGACAUGACAGACUUGAGGAAAGUGCGAGCCUCACUGGAGGAGCUGGGGAUGCAGAUUACAUCUGCUGGGCUGGACUAUGUUCCCCGCACCCUCUUGUCUCUGGACCAGGAUCAGCUAGAUGCUGCUUCAACGCUGAUAGAAGCCCUCAAUGACUAUCCAGACGUAGUCCGAGUAUGGGACAACAUCCAGACUGACAGCUGAGCAUGAUUCCUGGACACUUGGUGGACACUGAAAAUCUUAUGUGGAAUAUUUGAUUUCACAGAGAAUGAACCUGUACUGCUUGUUAAAAUGUGUCACACUGCUCAUCAUUAUUAUCAGUAAGAAAAUAUGAGUGUAUCGGCCAUUUUGAUGCUCCCUGUGUGGGACUUGGAAGCAAAAUGAACAUGUGGUCCUUGUUAAGAUAUAAAGUGAUAUUUCCUAA